CGUUUCUACUCGAUCAGACCUUGUGAAUGGAUGAAGAUCGAGUGCUAGUACAGUACAUGUAUCGGCAGCGCUUGCUGGGCAUUGCCAAAAGCCUAGAUUCUGAUUUCGUGCAGAAGCCGGUGAUCCGUAGUGUGGUAAAUCGACCACUACCACUGUGCCACUGCACUGCCAGCCUCAAAGUUGCUUACUCGCUCUAGACGCAGAGUGCAGCUUGCUCCCAGCCCAGGUAUUUCAGCUUAGAUCGCGGAGCGUUCACACUCUGGUGGUGUUUGCGACGGACUCGUCCUGCUGCGCAGAUCUACACUGUCGCCAGCGUAGGCUGUAGUGCCGUGAUCGUGAGCUCAUCUCAGCCGCUUUCUUCUUGACCUGUUGUCAAGGUCUUCACCGAGCGAAGCAGGGCGCACAUCGGCAGAUACCCGCUCGGCGCUGGUCUGAUCUACCCGCACCGGUCGCAUUAUCGUGCCAAGAGCACAACGGAGCAGCGAAGAGAAUGGCGCAGCGGCCAUACCGCGACCCGCGCCCACCCGAGGGGGGCACAAAUAAUACUCGUGGCUACAUGUCAAAUCAAAGUUUCGCGGAAGUGAACAGGUCCAAUGGACUGUUUCCAGGUGCUCAGCCUGCAGUGGAACAGUCAUUUGAUGGUGCAGCGCUGCAACAUCCACAGUUGCAACAAUAUCAAGCGCAACAACUGGAGCAGCAGCAGCCGCAACUGCAACAGCAGCAGCAAUUGCAGCAGCAACAACAACUGCAACAGCAGCAGCUACAACAACUGCAGGCGGAGCAGCAGCAACAACAACUGCAACAGCAGCAGCAACAGCCGCGUGUACAGCAGUGGCUGCGGCAUCAGCAACAGCAGCAGCGACAAUACCAGCAACCAACGGAGCAAUACCAACGAGCUACCAACCAGUUUGCUGGACUAAACCAGGUUGCAUCUGCGAUGCCUGCAUACUGUACCGGCACUACUUCUAACAGCUCUGACGUCGCUGGCCUGCAGUACGCCCUGCCAGGCAUUGGCGCUACAUUUGGGCAGGACAAUGUGGGAAUGGCAAAGGAGGAUGCAAUGGAUUCGUGUGACAAGGGUUACUCUUCUGGACCAACGGCUACUCUUGCCACCAUUGCUGGUGACAGUGAGCUGGUGCCGAUAUCUAUGCAAUCCUUUGGCACGCAGGGCAACUUUAGACCACCCGAUGACACAGUCUUCAUAAACAGUCAGCCUCCCGGCCGCAACAAUGGUUCCAUGGUGCCUGCUGCCGUCUCGAAGUCACACACUGGAGUGGUAGCUACCAUGGAGACAGCUGUUUCACUGCCGAUAUACGAUCGGUCCUCUCUGGCUGGCCAACAACAGCAGCAACAACAACAACAACAACAACAGCAACAGGAACAGUUGCAGCAUCAGCAGCAACGGAAAUACCAAUACCAAUACCAAUGGAAUUCGCAUGGUGCAGGCCUGCACGAAUACCCCACACGAUCUGACAAUGAUAUUGAAGAUUUAUUUGGACGUAUGCCACCAGAUUCUGGAGAGGCAAGGCACAUGGCUAGUUCAAGACAAUGUGGGCCUUACAUCACGACUCCGGCAUUGCCGGCAGGUAAUGACGAUGGAAUUCACCCCUUGCCGGCGAUGGAAUUAAUCAACCCUACAGAAGUGCCUCGCAGUGCCCCCACCGCUGCUGCAUCUGUUGCUGCUGCUGCUGCUGCUGCAGCCAGUGCCCCACACGGACAUAGUGAAGAGGAAUUCCAAGAAGCUGAUGACGUGGCCGCAAGCAAAGCUACACCAUCCACUCAGUCGGAUAUCAAUGUCAAUGAACUGAUGGCCAGAUUUCUACAAAGCCUGAAGAAAAAUGAGGAGUUGGAAAAAGCACUUAAGUUGGAGAAGGAAGAGUCAGAGCACCAUCGUGUUGCGGCCCUGGAGACAGCUCGUCUUGCUGAAGAAAAUGCUCGCUUGAGCGCUAAGGAGAUUGCCCGCCUUGCUGAGGGGAAGCGUCUGGCAGAGCAAGAUAAGCAUAACCUCCAACAAGCUGUGAAUCGGAGAAAGGCCAAGCCAGUGCUGCUUGAUGCCAAAAGGUCAAAAUCAAGGCCAAGAGGCGCACGUUUGUCGUCAGGACCGAGCGUUAAGCCAAUUGAAAGAGCGGAGUCCAAGAAUACACUCCAUGAACUGUUACUCCAUGGAAUGGGACACGAAAUUCCGAGACCACUGCUGUCAGUGCCUGUCUCGACCACCACACAAGCAGAGGUAACGAGUGACGAAGCUACUCAAACCUCGGCUGGAGUCAGCAGUUUCAUUGGUAGAAUCAUCAAGCCCGAAGAAAUUGAGCAUGUUACCCUCACGCCAGGCAAAGACAGAUUCAAUCGACAAUUCUAUGUGAACGCACACUUCCAAGGGUUUAUCCCAGACUGUGUGUCGCAAGGUCAUGUCCUUUACUUUCAACUGACGUCCACAAGGCGCACUGUGAGGAGUCAAGCAGCAGAGUUUUCCAGGCACACUCACAUUCUCACAGCACUAGUGCCAAGCAUACCAAAGGAUGACAUUGGCCGUAAUGAGGAAGUGUUUGAAGUCACACUGGUUUGUCGAAUGGUUCGCAAAUCAUGUCCGGCCAUUGGCCACAUCACGCUCAAUACGGAGGACCAACAGGCAGGCCCUGGGUCGAAAAGCUCAGUUCCCACACGAGAUCCGAACACUGCAACCAGUGGAGUAGGCACACGUGGAAGUGGUGCGUCACCAGGGGCAAGGAACGCAUCAUCCUGCUUCGGCGCCCUGCCCGGUGGAAUGCAUGCUGGAAUAUCUCAAUGCAACAUGGCCGUUGCUACAGGAGCUGAUAUCAAUGUGAGCAACCAUGGCGGUGAUGACAAUAACGAUGGGAGCAGCUCGUCAGAUUGUGAUCCAACAUGCCAUCAGUGUGUUGCCACGGUUCCCGUCGUGAUCCCGGUCCAAGGUGGGAUGACAAGUUCAUCAUCUUCGGCUGAAACUGACUCCGAUGACAAUGUGUGCAGAUUAACAGGUGGAUACGCAGUCAGCAAGCCCUGUGGCGUGCAAGCUUUGGGAAAGGAGCUAAUGCAGCACUGCAUUCCAGACAACUACAAAGUGCUUGGCACGGCUGAGCAGAUCACACACCUCUUCCAAACACUGAUCAAUGAGGAAGAUUGCACAGUUGUGGUGAGAAAAAAGCAUGAUGCAAAGGAGGAGUCAACCUUGACGAAUGCAAGCCAACUGGAGGAUUCUACCCAAUCCACUUCCUCCACUGCAAGCCAGUCCAUUCUGGAUUCGUGUUCUCAAUCCCUCUGCACUACCAGCAAUGUGGAGCACUGUUACCUGCCGGUUUCUAGAACGAAAUCAUCGCUGGAUGAUAUCACCUUCAACCAUGACAAGGAGGAUAGGCGACAUGCAGGUGAAGGUAUCACUGCAGCUAGCUCAAACCCAUUUGAGCCUAGUGACCCAGGUGCAGUACACCCCUUCAUUGUCCUUACCAGUAUAUCAACAAGAAAAAGAGUCGAUGGUCACCUUCGUGUUCACAAAGUUGCAUGCAGUGGGCAAAUAACACUGGUCAAGUUUCUACUAGAUCUCCAACCCGACAUGAUCUUUGUGAAGGGCAGGAACGGUGACCUUCCUGUACAUUGCGCUGCCGGGAAUGGACAUCUGGAAGUAGUCAAGUAUCUACUACUAGAUCUCCAACCCGACACGAUCUCUGUAAAGAACGAUGUACAUGUUGGUCACCUUCGUGUUCACAAAGUUGCCUGCAAAGGUCAGUUGGAAGUCGUCAAGUAUCUACCAGAUCUCCAACCCGACAUGAUCUCUGUGAAGGGCAGGAAUGGUGACCUUCCUGUACUUUGCGCUGCUAAGAAUGGGCAUCUGGAAGUAGUCAAGUAUCUACUAGAUUUCCAACCUGACACAAUCUCUCUAAAGGACGAGAACGGUAGAACACCUGUACAUUGCGCUGCUCGGAAAGGACAUCUGGAAGUAGUCAAGCAUCUACUAGAUCUCCAACCCGACAUGAUCUCUGUGAAGGGCAGGAACGGUGGCACUCCUGUACAUUGUGCUGCCGGGAAAGGACAUCUGGAAGUAGUCAAGUAUCUACUAGAUCUCCAACCCGACAUGAUCUCUGUGAAGGGCAGGAACGGUGGCACUCCUGUUCAUUGCGCUGCCGGGAAUGGACAUCUGGAAGUCGUCGAGUAUCUACUAGAUCUCCAACCCCACAUGAUCUCUGUGAAGGGCAGGAACGGUGACCUUCCUGUACAUUGCGCUGCCGGGAAUGGACAUCUGGAAGUAGUCAAGUAUCUACUACUAGAUCUCCAACCCGACACUAUCUCUGUAAAGAACGAUGUACAUAAAUCUCGCAAGCAACCCAAAGUGCUCGGGCAGGCAGAGGAAAUAUUGGCACAACUGCAUGACAACAUCCAAGAGCCAUUCUCAACAAGUCGGGAGUUCUCUCGACAGCUUUGUGCUGCUAGCCACGUAGAGUAUGAUGACGAUGAAGACAGCAUCAACACCGCACAAAUCCGUCGAUAUCGCAAGAUCCUCAAUGCGUAUGGUCUGAUUGUUUCUUUCUCAUCACCUGAGCUGGACGACAUCAUUGUUAACCGACCCAACUGGUUGCUCUCCAAGGUCAUUGGUCUGAUAUUUGCACCACCUGGGCUUGACGAUGAAGUUAUGCUCCACUUCAAAGAUGGUGUUGCAAAGGUCCAGGAAGUCCUUGACAAGCUUAACAGCUGCGAGGAAGCAGAAGGGCAAGGCCCUCUGCUGCUGCAGAUGGUAAUACAACUAGGUGUGUUGCUGCAGGAGAAAGAAAGGAUCCUGGCACCCAGCCGUCUUCCGACCGCUGACAACUGCCUCGGCCCACUGGCCAAGAAAGAUUCAUCACCUCGGUCGGCGUGCGCAGGAGUCUCUUUCACGACUCAGCACUGCUUCUCCACUGCUCUAGUUAUCAGGCUGCAGACAGAGCUGUACGCCUAUUUCCACGAGCUUCACGGCAUUCCUGCUGAGCUCUGGAAGAAUCUGGUGGUAGUGACUCCAGUCCAUUCUACAGCCCGUGGUUGCAUCUCCGUCACGGACAGCCUGCGCCAAGCUGUCGCUGUUGUCCAUGCGCCCGUUGAAGAUACGCUAGAUGGCUAUUGUCUGCUGGCUCUGUUGCGCAAGGUGUUUGAUAGGCUUGCUGCACAGUAUAGCCCGGGCACUAAUUACUCCACGAGCAUCCUCAGCUCUGUUUCCAUUCGUCAGCACCUUCGCGAGCCAAGCGACAAGUUUGAUUUCGCUGUGUACGAUGCAGAGCAAGUCCGAGCGUCCGUAGCGACACAGGAUAUUCUCUCAACUACCUACAGUUACGAUGAUCAUGCCCCGCUUCUUCUCGAAUGGCCGGUCAACCAUGCUUCACUGCUCUCUGCAAAGUCCUUUGAGUCCGUCCGAGAAAGCCUUGGUGAGUCCGACCUGCCUGCACUAGCCACCUGCCUGGGCCUUACAUCAUCAUCUUCAUCACGUGGGCACAGUAAUCAUCUACGCGCUGCAGCAGCAUUGGUCCACAGCUGGGCAGUUACCGACUACCAUCACACCUCGACCAAGCUCCACCAGCUGCUAGUGAAAUCACCGAACGCCAAGCGCUUUGCAAAGGUCUGCAAGGUGCUACGGCAGCAUGAAGAUCUGCUGGCCACCGAUUUCCCGGACAUAUUCCGGAAGCGUCGGGUGCAAGCCGACCAGCCGGUCUCCGCCGGAGCUACUGCCACCGCUGUUCAAUCAGAUUCGGCAGAGAGCGUUUCUUCUGGCAGCCAGUCACACUCUGAUCAAGCCAGUCAGUCCACUGCUGCUCGCCAAGAUGAUGCUGGCCAUGCUGAGCAUCACGCUGCUGAUGGCAGCUGUGGAAUUUUCCUAUCCACUUCACCACUCCAUGCCAUGUGGUCAACGGACGAACGCAUUGCAAACCUGUAUCAGGAGGAUGAAGCGGAGCUCUCUGAAGAAACAGAGACGUUCUUGAAGAACCCAUUCAAGCACGCCAUCUUCAUUGCUGAUAUCCACAUCUGGCUGCAAUCACUAGGUGCUGCUGGCCUACGUGGCAAAGCGCAGAAGCACGGCUUCUUUACGGAUCUUUCUCCGAUCAACAAGCUUAUGAUCACUGAGCAGUACCGUGGUAAGGAAGCCCACAACUGUGAGCUGCUGGAUAUCAUCAUGGCACAGGAACGUGAUGGCUACAUCAAGCUGUGCAACAUCGUCAAGGGUUAUGGACAACAGUACACAACACGGCUUGAGCAGAUGAACAGUUUGCUGACGGAGAGUGAUCGAGUCUAAUCAGGUUACAGGUGUCUACACUCUCUAACCAGGUUAUCGUUUCAUGGUCACUGACGCCAGAGUCGGAACAGUGUCUGAUGUCUUCCAUUAUCAAUCCGUAGUAAUGCUGGCUAGAAAUUGGCCAUUGUGGCAAUUUGUUGUUUACUACUUCACUUGCAUAUGCCAUGCAUGUAUGCAUACAAAUCCUUCACUUGUUUGCCUCAGUAUUGAAGAGCACUAUGGAUUUGUGUUUGUGUUCACUAUGGCCUUCACUCGUCUUUUUUAAGUUGUUUUAUGAAUGUAUGUAUGUGUGUGAGUGUUUGUUUGUGUGUUUGUAUAUGUGUGUGUGUGUGUGUGUGUGUGUGUGUGUGUGUGCGCGAGUGUGUGUGUUUGUUUGUGCAUGUACACUUCUUGCCGCCUGCAAAAUUUGCCUAGCUAUUUUUGUAGCACAAAGUGCUUGUGUGUUAUGGUAUGGUAUGGUAUGGUAUUGAUUUAUUUGAAUUCGGUAUCUCAACAGUACAUUGUACAACUUGGGAAGAUCCGAAUGACAUAGAUACAUAAACAUAAAAGUGGAGUAGGUGCUACAGCUGAUCAUUUUAUCGCAGAUUGUGGGACUAAACUAAUACCAGUAUGCAAGUACACAAGAAAUAAAAGCUGAAUAAAUACGACUGCAUGACAUUGGAGAAAAGCACCAAUUAGAGCAAAACAAAGCGACACAUCACUCAUCGAAAACAUUUUCAAAAAGGAGCUUAUGCCAUUUCACUUGCUAUUCUUCGUCAUCAAUGAUGUCCAUGUGUGUUUUUGCCCUUACGUUCCCGUUCGGCUUGCUUUCUACAACGGAACAGAACACACUGUCAUGGUUGUUUGCAUGUUGAACAGUUCGACUCGUUUUUAUCCAUCAUUUCUGAUCACAACAUGCUUUGUGGAUUUCACUGCAGCUUCACUUGCUAGUCUCCAUCAUUGCCUCAUGGAAAUGUAUGUGUACGUGUGUGCAUUGCGAUGUCACUUGUUUUUUACUUUUAUUUUUACAUGACGCAAUUAUUAUGUUUGUGAACUACUCCACUGCAGUUUCGCUUGUUAUUCUUCUCAUCAUUACAACACAGAAUUUGUUUGUGUUACCCACGGCUUCCCUCUUUUUUACCCAUCAUUCCAGACCCCAGUGAGCUUUUUGUCAUUGUUAUUCCAUUGCCGGCCUACAUCACUACCGACCUUUAAUAUGAUUGCGUGUGUGUGUGUGCAGUGAUGUCUUCAUUCGUUUUCUGUGGCAGUUACACAACAUGUGUUUGUGUACACUGCUGUUUCGCUUGUAUCAUUUCUUAUCACUACAGCACAGAAUACGUGUGUGGGUGGGUGUGUGGACUGAUCAUGCACUUCAUUACUUUUACCCAUGAUGUGAGAUCACAGUGUGGUCUUUGUGCCGCUCAUCACUGUUUUCCUUGCUGUUUUCGUUGCUUUUUCACUGCCAGCUGUUUUUGUUGCUUUUUCAAUGCCAGCUGUUUUCGUUGCUGUUGUGUUGCCAGCUGUUUUCGCUGCCGUUGCCUUUCGCUUGCUAUUCUACAUGGUUGGAGUCGGCAAUGUAUUUUCAUGCUCUGCUGUUUUCUUACUUUGUUUUCUGUGGCUGUAAGGAACACACUUUGUCGGAACAGCAAUUUACUUUGCAUGCCUUCUUUUCUAAUUACAGCACAGAAUGUGUGUGUGUGUGUGUGUCUGUGUGUCUGCACUGAUCUUGCACUUGUUUUCCUUAUCAUUGCACUUAACAUGAUGCGUUUACACUUUACCAUGGUCUACACAAUGUACCACUGCUGCAAUUGCCUUGCCGGAUCAUUACGUCAUUACGUCAUUACGUCAUUACGGUACACAAGUUGUUGUACGGUGCAGUGCACUCUCGCUAUUUUCAUCAUCAUUAUUCGGAAGUCUUGUUUUUGUUAUCCAUACGGAGACCCGACCUUCACAGUGUGCCUGUGUGCUGUCUGCUGCUCAA